UAACAUUGUAACAUAUAAGUAACAUAUAUGAUUCAAUAUCAACUAUUUUGAAUUUUCUUUUAUCAUAAUUGAUGUUUUCUUUAUCUGUCUAUAUUUAUAAAUAAUUUAAUUAUUAUAGGAAUAAAUUAUACCUAAGAAUUAAAUUGUGUAAAAAAUCAAUAUGGCGUCAAUAAUAGUGUUUAAAAUGCAAAGAGAAGAAAAACAAUUAGAUUCUGCUUUGGAGGCAAUUAUUAUGAGAGUAAAUGAUUUAAAGAGUGCAAUUGCUGCAAUGAUAUUUAAAUUGGAACAUGAAUAUGAAACAUUGAAUUGGCCUAAUUUUCUUGAUAAUUUUGCUCUUAUUUCGGGACAUCUGACUAGUCUUUCAAAAAUUCUUGGACAUGAUAAGGCACCAAAUUUAAGAAACUUAACAGUUUUACCAUUAAGAUUAAGUCCAGAGAAAGAUGAAGAAUUGCUUCGUUUAACUGAAGGUAGAAUUCCCACAUUUGCUCAUGAUUUAGUACCAGAUUAUCUACGAACUAAAGUAGAACCUCAAGCUGAACAAAAAAUGAUGCAGCUUGAAGCAAAAGCUGCAAAUUUAAAUUAUGAAACAUCACAUAAACAAGUGGCUCAAUACACAAAAGUUAUUAAUCAUGUAUGGGAUAUAGCAAAUAAGGCACGUGAAGAGUGGGAAAGUGAAGCUGGUUCUAGAGCAACUCAAGCUCAAACCAGCAGUACAGCAGACACUCAUGCUCUUGUAGCAGCUGUGGGUAUGGGUAAAGGUUUAAAAACCGAUUCUGUUCAAAUGGUACAAUCAGGUGUAAAUUCAGUACCUAGUGGAAUGAUAGUAGGAAGACCUGGAAAUCAGCAACAAACUCCAGGACAAGGAUCAUUAGGAAAUCCACCUAUGGGACAAAUGACUAAAGCUCCAAGUACAAUCAAAACCAAUAUCAAGGCAGCACCACAAAUUCAUCCAUAUAGAUAAAAAUAUUAAUUUUAAUAUAAUAUUUUUUAAAUUGAAAAUUAUUUUCAUCUUAAUUUAUUAUUUUUUAACAUAUAGCAAGUAACAUUAAAAUAAUUUUUUAAAAAUAAAUAAUUGAUUUUAAUUUUAAUUAAAAUCAUUUUUUUAAUAUCAGCAUUUCAUUGUAAAAUAUAGAAAAUCAUACAUAUUACGACUCAGCUCUUACUUUAUAAUAAUGUACAUUAAAAAUAUAAAUAUAAUUAUAUUUUAAAUAAAUUCAUGUAAAAAAAUACCAUCUUACAUAAAAUUAUUCAUCUAUUAAAAAAUGAAAAUCAUUUAUAGCAAUUAUUAUAUUUACAAAAACUAAUUGAAUUUUAAAAACCUGUUAUUUGAAAUGAAAAAAAUAAAAAUUUGAAAUUUUUAAUAAUAAUAAAUAGCAGUAUAGAUAAAAUGAUAAAAAUUUAAAAAAUUUUUAUAUUAAAUUUUAAAUUUUUAUUAUAAAAAUAAUUAUUAAAAUUUUAUUAGAGAUAUUUUAAUAUCACAUUAAGAAUCUAUAUUUACAAAUUAUAUUUAAAUAUUAUAGAAUUUGUUUAUUUUUACAUGAAAAAAUAAAAUCAUAAAAUGAAUAUAUUUUUCAAUUAAAAAAUGAAAACACAUAUAUUUUAAGAUUUAAUAAUAAAAUUUUUUAAAAAUAAUAUAAAUAUAUUGGUAUGAUUUCAAAUCUUCAAA